AUUUGCGAGUGGUCUGUUGUUAGAGAAACUACGUUCUGUGGCGGUUUGCGCGGUCAAGAUUAUUACGAAGAGUUCUAUCCAAGAGUGUGUCGUCGAGCGCGUUUGUCUGCGGACACGAGCCGCGUAUCCAGUGGGAUUUAUUUCAACAUCCAAACGGCGGACGUUGCGACGUCGUCGAGAAGAAUCGGUUGACAAUUUUUUUCCCUGUCGUCUGUAUACUGAAUCAAAAGUGUGCAACAAGUUACGGAGCGACCAAUUCGAACCAAUCCGUGGGAUCAAAGAAGGAAGUCUUUGACAAAAAAAGGUCAUCUUCGUGUGGAAAAUUGUCUCGGAGUCUGGCUGCUGGCCGAAGUAUCGCAUGAUCUCUGACUGAAGAUCGCUGAGACGAGAAUAUAAAUACUCGUAAAUAACGCUUUGGUGGAACGAUUCAUAUAUUUUCGGCUCAUAACUCAUUCAGAGGAGCGACUAACGCUUGAAUCGACGGAAAGAUGAAUCAGAACUACGUCGUCCUAACGUGGUAUCUAAUAAUCGUGCUGGUGCUGUUGUAUCUCGUUUAUUUUGCUUCAUGAUGAGGUUUUAAACACUGCUCAAGAUUUAUUUUUUUCAAAUAUGUUUUCGUUAUUAAAACAAUGUAAUGAUAGGAAUCUUACACAUAUCACACCUCACAUUCUUAACAUAAACACUUAUUCUUGGUCACAACAGUCAUACACGUGUCACUUUUUGAGUUAUGGCAUUAUUGUCCCAAACAUCAGGCUAGAGCAAUAACACCUGUCUUUUUGUGUCUAACAGCAGUUAUUACAUUCCUAGGAAGAAAAAAAAUAUUAAAAAAAGACAACACUUAUCCCGAAACUAAAUAAACACACAAAUACAUCCUGACAGCAUUCGUAGUCUAUAUUUACACGUAGAACACAACCCCUUUUUCAUACAUCAGACAGCAGCAACAUUCAGAAUCUAGGAUAAACCUCGUAAGACGGAUUGCCGAAAGAUGCAGAUAAUGUAGCGUAUAGUAAUUAGCCUAAAAUUAAAAGCACCGUUUCGGAUUCUGGCCAUACGACGAAUAUGUCACUCCUCGUCACAAACGCCGAGGAUAGCAACAAAUCCCAUUCACUAGAACCGAUCGUCUUGAGGACGGCGAGAAAAUUGUCCACGCUCUGCAUAGCGAAUAUCAUAGCCACAUAAUUAAUAAUUAUAAUCAGUAUAUGAAUAUAUACGAAUGGAAACGAAAAACAUCGAAUCUUCAUCUUCAGUUCAGAGAAGGAAAAGAACAAACAAAAAUAAAACGCAUCGCCGAAGGAAUCAGCCAAAGCGUUUAUACGUCUCGAUCGUCUGUCAAAUGAUUUGUAACGGAAGAAGGCAGUCAGAAGCAGCAGAACGAACCUCAACAAUGUCACUGGAAGAUGCAAUUCCUCAAUCCGAUCCGCACCUGUCCAAGUGCUACGCGCUUGAAUGAACCUACGGAAAGUCUCUCAAAACACGAAAUCCCCGGACAGAACGAUCAGCAUCCAGAAGGGUUUCUGCCGGCAGCAGUUCCCUUAGAUUCAGUCAGUCUGUCAGUAGGAAGUCAUUGGUCCGGCUGGUUGGAUGCAUCGCCGCCCGCCGCGAAUUAGCUCACUCAAUCGAACCCAGCUCAUCUCACUAAAUAAACCCGUAUCGUAUCGGAUUCGUAAAACUGUGUGCGCGCCCGUGAUAUUCCAACGUAUAUAUCGAAUCGGAUUCCAUCAAUCUCUCUGAAGACGGGCUACAACAGUUGCCAGUUAGUGUUUGUUGAACGUAUUUUUUUUAUACGUGACCACCCACCUACUCAGUGUGGUCGUUAAAAAAUUCUCUCGAGAAUGCGCCGCUCGCUGCUAGACGGACGACAAUUGACAGCGGCACCUGCUGCUGUUGUUGAUAGUUAGGCAGGCGGCAAUCUUGCAGCAGCGGCGGGAGUGACACUGAAACCGAAAGUAAACUGUCUACAUCACAUUAUUUGUAAAUCGAACCCCUUACCCUCUCCCUGAGAGGGCUCUUGUAACCGAGACCGAUCUGGAGACCCCAAAAUGGACCCGUCACAACCGUCCCAGUUUACCGUGCAGGCGCAGUAUUCUUUCAAAGGGACCAACAAUGACGAGUUGUGCUUCAAGAAGGGCGACAUCAUCACACUAACGCAACGGGAAGACGGCGGCUGGUGGGAGGGCACACUUGGAAGUAAAACCGGCUGGUUCCCGAGUAAUUACGUCAAAGAGUAUGUCGGUCCACUGCCCGUAUCAGAGGUCUUGAGACCACCGGAGGAGAUACAAGCCUUCAGAUCGGUGGUGUUUCGGGACCUGAUCGAAAGUGAAAAGGCACACGUCGCCGAGAUUCGCGGAAUGGUGGAGAACUUUCUUGAACCGUUGGAAGGCAGCCAAAUUCUAACUGGCGAUGAGUACACCCAGCUGAUGUGCAACUUUGUCGAGGUGGUCGAAAUGCACGAGGAGUUUCUGCAGAACCUGGAGGAGUCGAACGAUCGCGUCGGCAAGGUGUUCCUCACCAAGGCUCCGACGAUGAAGAGAAUUCACCAGUGCUACUGUUCGGCCCAUCCGCGGGCGAUCGUCAUCGUCGACAAGUAUCGCGAUGACCUCAACACCUUCAUGGAAAAACAGGGAGCCGCAAAGCCGGGACUGCUGGUCCUUACGACAGGUCUGUCUAAGCCAUUCCGUCGUUUAGACAAAUACUCGGCCAUCCUGCAGGAGCUGGAACGGCACAUGGAAAGUGGUCAUCCGGAUCGGGGCGACACCCAGCGUAGUAUAGCCGUGUUCAAGGACAUCGCAUCGUCCUGUUCGGCAACCCGACGGCAGAAGGAGCUGGAGCUGCAAAUUUUGACUGGUCCCAUUCGCGGCUGGCAGGGCCAAGAACUGAGCAGUUUGGGGGAGAUUAUUCACAUGGGCAGUGUGGCCGUUGGGUCCGAGCACAAGGAUCGGUACUUUGUGCUGUUCUCGGAAACGCUUCUCAUUCUAAGUGUUAGCCAAAGGAUGAGUGCCUUCAAGUACGAAGGCAAACUGCCACUAACAGGGAUUAAUGUUAAUCGCUUGGAGGAUACCGAUCAGAUCAAGAAUGCAUUUGAAAUUACGGGUCCGUUGAUCGACCGGAUAGUGGCCGUCUGUCAGGGGCCAACGGAGGCUAGCAAGUGGGUUGAUUUUCUUAAUGCAAAAGUAAAUCCAACCGGAGUGGAGAACCAGCAACCGGUCAAAGACAUGAAGCGAAUCGUGAGCAGUUCAGCCGUCAACAUCCCGCAACCACCACCUCAUAAUAAGAAUUUGCUAGAUACCCGUGGCUACAGCACCCGUAUAUCCUAUUGUGCAUACAGUCAGAAUUAUCGACCAACGCUACCGAAUCAAUCGUACCCACCCACAGCUCCGUAUGCUGCUUUAACGUCGUUCUUUCGACACCUGUUUAAAACCCAGGGCUUGUCGCGUUACGUCGUGCAGGCGUUGCUUUAUCCCCAAAUCACGCAAGACGUAGACACUAGUGAAGUAGUUUUACGUAGGAAGCAUAGGACUACGGUUCGGAUGUAUCGUCGCGAUCGGGAAGCGGAGAUUCAGAAAGUUGAUCGUAAUCAUAACGUUGAAGAACAGGAGGAAGAUUCGGAUGAUGGUUCGUGCACAUCGUCUUGUUCGGGGCGAUCCAAUAACUUGGAGCGUCAAAAUGCUGUCGAUUAUGGUGACGAUGACCCUUAUGAGACAAUAACAUUCUUCACCGGCCGAAAGACGCAGAGCACUACUCGGGAAAGUACCGUGUACGAGAGUUACAUCGAACAGAACGCACAGGUUGAGGCAGAUGAUACAUUUUUCUUCGUCAGCGGUAACGCGAACAGCGAAGAGAGAAAGAGCCUCGAGAGCGAGGGAUCGCAUAUCAUUGGGUCGAGAGCGAUACCCUGUUUGAAGUUAAAUGAUCGCGAAUCUUUCGGAAGUUUGGGUAGAUCUGGAGCAAAUGGAAAUAGUCCUACAGCUCCAAUUCAUACCACCACCGCCAAGUUACUUUUGGGCGAAAUCAAACAGCAGUGCUCGGAACAGUCUCAAGUAUCUAGUUUUGAACAUAGAGUAGCCCAUGGUCGAAUGGCGUGUGAGGAUUUAGUGAAUUUAGAUGAUUCCAUGAAGAUCAAACAUUCGCUUCAACAGAAACCGAUAAUCGAGGAAAGACAUAGUAUGCCCACACUUUUCGUUGGAAAUCGUUUUGCCAAUUCUUCCGUGACCGAAAUCUAUAUUCCUUCCUGGAAAGACCGACUGGACGUUCAACAGCCGACCCAGCAACAAUCGGUAGAAGUGCCCCUAGCACCCGAGCGUACCAGUAUACAUUCCAGCUCGCUUGAUAUUCCCGCCUCCGAAACGACGCUUUCUGUACCGGACCAAGUGGCAGCUGAAUUAUUGUAUAACUUCCAUAGCCAACAUCUGUCGGAAACUUCUUUCGGCGAAAUUCUAACCCCUCCAGCAGAUUUCGAUGCCACCUCCGGUAGCUGUUCAAUCGGCUGUUUGUCACGAGAGCUAACACCAUUUCGUAAGCAUUCAAUAAAUUCUGAUAAAAAACUUCUGCUAAACCAAAAUCAUCUCAGAAAGGGAAUGGAUGAGGAACGGGCUCGAUCGUCUCCAGGGGCCAGGCGCUGUGUAAGCUAUCAGUUUGUAAACAUUGUUGAGGCAAGUGCUGGUGAACCCGGCGUUAGAAAUACUGCUGAAGAACUUCUUGAACCGAAAUGUAAACAACCACAACAAACCAGUAACCACAAUCGGCAUCACACAAAGUGUCGUUUCUGCAGUGCCAGCAUCGACUCACACUGCGACAGUCCACGGUCAAGCGAUUCAGGUAUGGCCGGUAGUUGUUCGAUUUCCACCCCCGAUCCUCCUAAAUUAUCAGGCGAUUUUCUUCUUUAUGAUUCAGACCUCCAAAGCAAGGGAAAGGCCUCAGAGGCCCCCACAUAUAGCAGCAGCAGUAAUUGUCGGGAGAACCAGACGAGAACCGAAAGUAGUAAUAGUUGCACGGUAGAAGACAGUUCGAGAUUGCGACAUUCGCGCUCGAGCCACAAUAUCGGUCGUUUCGUACUACUAACUCGGGACAGUGAAUUCGAUUUUACCGACAGUGGUCAGUUCGAUCACAGUCAGGAGGACCAUAAUCACCUACGGAAUAACACCCGGAGAAACGAGGAUUCCGAAGGGCAAAAGAAGCGAAUUCGCAGUCGAAGUGAAGAGCCACAGUCGAGUGGUGACGAGGAAGAUUCCUCCGGUAGCUCCUCGGUUCGGAAGCAGGUCAGUGGCCGCAGUAAAAUUGUGAUUAAUUUGUGUGAAUACCGACGUACGUUCGAACCGGACAAAUUUGAUGGGCAAACCGAUGCCGAGCGUGGAGGAACAAUAUUUAAGACUGGAUUGUAUGCACACUGGUGGAAAAAGGAGAAGCUUCCGAUUUUUGUUAUGAGUAACAGCAGCAAGGCCAAGGAAAGCCGGCAGCACGUGCCGCGGGGGAAUAGCAACCCUUCGUCGUUGCGACUUGCCGUCGACGCUACGACGACGACGCCGACGACGACAACAACUAGCAGUUCUGGUCACUUUAGUGAUGCCGCGGGGGGUUCAGAUGUCUCUUCCAACGUCGACGACCGGCAACAGUCACCCGUCGCGGGCCAGUUCAAUCGCACAGCACAUGUCGCAACACAAACGCAGUCAAUCGUUCAAUCACCACCUAAGCUACAAUCAGGUUCAGCUGCAACAGCAACAGCAACAGUCCCAGAAACUCGCCAAUUUUGCCAACAGCAGCCCCAGCCGGUCCUUCGAACCCAGCAGCAGCAGCAGCCAAUCGCAACCGGUGCCAAACCUAAAAUCCAUCAAAGAAAAAGCUAAUUGGAAGAUUACCAAUCUGCGAUCCGCUCCGCCCCUUCGGCCAAGUUUACUGAGCAGCGGUGGAGGAGGAGGAGCAGUUGGAAGUGGAACCGGAACCGGAGGUGGCGGGACAGCUGGUGCGGGUAUCACCG